GGGCGCAAUUGGCCGGGCGGAGUGAUUGGGAGACACUCUAAAUUUAUUGAAAGUAGUAAAAUGUUUUGAGGGAAAAGACAACCGUGUAAUAUCAUUGCGCUAUCCAAGUAGGCUAUUUAAAUAUUAUCUGCAUUUCGCGUCAGUUGUUCACAGACAAUUUAGUUUUGUGUUUUGUUUGUACUUGCUUGUUCGCGGCACAAAAAUAUUAACUUGGCAGCAAGGGAAUUCCGCUAAGAGCACAGAAAAAUGACUGGAUUCUAAAAACAUGGAGACAAGAGGAGCCGCGAUCUGAAAGCAAGUUCUGUAAAUUUUGUGCCUCGAGUGAUAACAUCGGCAGAACGCUGGAGAUCGACUGGAUUUUAACAUGCAUUGGACAACUAAAUCUCCUCGCGUUGUAUUUUUUUGUUGCGAAGAAUUUAUUCGAGACUUGACAAAUGAACAAAAAUAGAAUUUGGAGUAAAGCAAAGCAAAGUUUUAGGCAACGUCUGUUUUUUGUGAAUAUUUUGGAAUUUUGUCAAAGGAAAAAUAUAUUGCAUAAGAGACUAUCUUUUAAUCCACGGACAUGAGACCGGUAAAGUUUGGUUAAUGGCAAUAAACGGAAAAUAUUGGAGAACAUACUGGUUUUUAGGUAAAAGCCCUUGCUACCCAUAGUAACAAGGCUGGCAAACUGAGAGAGGCCUGCUCGAGACGGCUCUUUUUAAAUUAAUGGUAGCCCACAGACAAACGUUCACAGCUACUGGUAUAACAUUAAUCUUUUCCUGGAAUACUUUUUGACGGAUUCAUUUCUUCUUCUGCAUAAGCUUAUGGAAUCUGAAAGACAGGAAAGCGACUGGUCCCGGAAUAUUUUGUUGGCUAAAAGGGAAUGCUAACAACCUCUGACGGGAAACCGAAAAUAUGAUCUAAAAACCACACCAAGUUAGCUUGGUAUUUUAUACCAAAAUUAAAACGAGGUCGAACAGGAAUGUGGAGACAUUCGUGUUGAACGACAGAGGUUUGUUUGAGUGUCGAAGAGGUAAAGUCUUCAGUGCAGUUAUUUUGUGAGGAAUUGCAUUAACAAUGGGAAUCGCACUUCUCUGGCGGAAUUGACAAAGACGACCGCCAGACAGCGAGAAGGAAGCGUGCCGUGGAAUAGCUAACAGUAGCCUGUUACACAGGACACAGUCGUGAAAUGAUCAUCGCCCACAAGAUAGACAUAUUUUAAUAAAUUGUUCACUCCUCGAUACAGGUAUAUGCGUUUGAUGACGAUUUUCUGUAAGCCUGUAGUUUUUUUUUAAAAAUCAGCGAGGGAGAAAAAUAGCCUACAAAGGCUAGUCUACACUGGACUUGGCAACGGCGAUCAAUCGUUGAUGUGGCGUAAUGGCAGUUAAGAUGAAUAACUGAUCGCUGAGAAAAACGCACGUCUUUACGGAUGUUAAGGAGAGACCUGAUGCUUCCCAGAAAGACGGAGGGUUUUUUGUCUGCAAAAUGCUAAUUGGAUAAAAGUCGGAGAAAACUAAAACGAAGCCCAAUGAGCGGCAUACAGGCUACAGUGAGUGACAGGCCCAGCAGUCUUCUCACUACUGACCCUCCUGAUAAGAAGCUUCUGUCGCACGAGUUUGACACAACAGGGCUCGUGCAGAGAUGUGUGAUCAUUCAGAAAGAUGAUAAUGGCUUUGGCCUGACCGUGAGCGGAGACAACCCUGUGUUUGUGCAGCUGGUCAAAGAAGAUGGCGCUGCAAUGCGGGCGGGAGUGCAGACAGGUGACAGGAUCAUUAAGGUGAACGGGACCUUAGUAACACAUUCAAACCAUGUAGAAGUUGUGAAGUUGAUCAAAUCCGGCUCCUAUGUGGCCCUCACAGUUCUGGGACGGCCCCCGGGGCUCUCCCACAUCCCCCUAGCCGAAGGGGAUGGGGAGAGGGGAUCCAUUCUCACCUCCCCAAACUCUCCAGGACAGGCAGGAGAGGACUGUUUCCCCUCCCCCCGGCCCGCUUGGGAGGAGAACAGUAAUGUGCUCAGCCAGAAGGUGGACAUCUUGCAGAAGAUGCUGUCUAAGGCACAGAGAGAUCUGCAGGUGCUGAAGGAGGAGCACGGCAGGAACCCCAGUCCGAAGCUCCUGAAGGAGAUCCACGAGGCAAAUAAACACAUUCCACAGCUCCAGCGCCAGCUCAGCAAGGCCAUGGGAGGAGGACAGGAUGGGGCACCCCUCGGUGAGGUGGAGGAGGGCAGCGUGGGCCAGACGGACCAGCAGCUCCCUCUGCGGGCUUUCGGCAGCACUGACGGGCCCUGGACCGGCAGCACAGCGCCCCCUGUCACGCACGGUCUCUCGGACAGCGCGUACCAAAGAGACUCCGGCCAGAGCCCAAAGACCACGCCCAGGGACGGCCUGAACUGCCCCUCCUCCGACGCGGAGGACACGCCCGACCAGGACGGCUCCGCCACGCCCCAUUUGGGAAGCCCCGCCCCCCGACUCUUCCCAGACAUCAUCGUUCCUGAGGAGGAGUACUCCGACGCGGAGCAGGAGCAGGAGCAGGUCAACGGCCAGUGCAGCUGCUUUCAGAACAUCGAGCUCCUGAAGGCCCGCCCCGCCCACCUGGCUGCCUUUCUGCAUCAUGUGGUCUCGCAGUUUGACCCCGCCCCUCUGCUGUGCUACCUGUAUGCUGAGCUGUACAAACAGACCAGCUCUAAAGAUACACGCCGCAUAUUCAUGGAGCUGAACACCUUCUUUAUGGACCGAGCAGCAAACCUGAAGGUGCCAGUGCCCGAGACCAUCUCCUCCGACCUCGAGCGGAGGAGGCCGGAGCUCAUCCCAGAGGACUUGCACAGGCAGUAUGUGCAGCUGCUGCAGGACGUCCUGCUCACGGACAUCCAGAAGAACCUGGAGGACUUCAGGCAGAAGCGCAGUAUGGGGCUGACUCUGGCGGACGGUGAGCUGAACAGGCUGGAUGCAGAGCAGGUCAGAGACCGGGCAGCGCUGGAGAGAGAGCGCUCCUGUGCGGAACAGAUCGUCUCCAAGAUUGAGGAUGUGCUGUUGACUUCAUCUCCGUCAGAAGAGGAUAAAUGCGCCGCCAUGCAGUUUGUCAUCCUGACCUACAUGAGGCACCUGGGGGUGAAGGUGAAGGAGCCUCGCAGCCUGGAGCCCAAACGCGUCCGGAUCAACUUCCUCCCCAAAAUCAAGGGCAUGCAGAAGGGUGUGAAAACGGAGAAGGAAGGGGAGGAGAAAGUGAAGAGGACUCGGUUUUCCAACAUCCUCGGAGGCCCCCCCCGGCGGCUCAACCGCAUGGACUCCGCGUCCACCGCCGUGGAGAUGAGCAAGCAGCGCCCUCAGAAGCAGCUGUCCCAGCCGGCCCUGUCCACCCCCGAGCACCCCGACGGGGCUCGCGCCCGCGGGAGCCAAUCCAGCGAGGGCUCGGACCUGAGCUUCCCCCCCGCCCUGGUCACCUCCCCCACCCACAGCGCCGCUGCCGUCCUGAGCUCUGAGGGAGGGGGCAGAGACCCCGACACCGGCUUCACGCCCUCCUCUGCCUUCCCCAAACUGAGUGAGGGGCUGACUGGUGGGGACGCCCUGGACAGUGCAACACACACCCCUAACACACUCUUCGACUUCAGCCUCUCCAGCCCGGACCAGCUGCAGGAGGACGAGCGAGAGAGCGACAGGGCCGUGGAGGGUGGGACGCCCAGGCCCAUCAGAAGGACGGAUACCCUGUGUGCAGCGGAGGUACAGAGCGAGGACGAUCAGGAGCGGGACGCUGAGCAGGACCCCCCAAACUGGCAGCAGCUGGUGGGGAGGGAGGUCCUGGCCAGCCUGACACCCCACGAGAUCAAGAGACAGGAAGUCAUCAAUGAGCUGUUUUACACAGAGCGUGCUCACUUACGCAUCCUUAAAGUGCUGGACAGCGUCUUCUAUCAGAAACUGACCAGAGACACGAUACUGCCCCCUGUGGACAUCAAGCGCAUCUUCACCAACCUCGAGGAGAUUAUCCAACUUCACGGCUCGAUCGCAGAGCAGAUGACCACCAUACGGAAGAAGAGUGAGACCGUGAUUGGCCACAUAGGAGAGGACCUGCUGUCCUGGUUCGGCGGCAGCGAGGAGGAGAAGAUCAAGCGGGCCGUCGGCACCUUCUGCAGCAACCAGCCCUUCGCCCUGGAGCUGAUCAAGAGCCGGCAGAAGAAGGACGCCCGCUUCUCCUCCUUCAUGCAGGAGGCGGAGAGUAAUCCUGUGUGUCGCAGACUGCAGCUUAAGGACAUGAUCCCAGUGGAGAUGCAGAGACUCACUAAGUACCCGCUUCUGCUGGAGAAUAUCGCCAAGUACACAGAUGAUGCGGAGGAGAAGGAGAAGGUGAAGAGGGCAGGUGAAUGCUGUAGAAAGAUCCUGAACUAUGUGAACCAGGCUGUGAAGGAGGCAGAGAAUAAGCAGAGGCUGGAGGAUUACCAGAGACGGCUGGACCUGUCCUCCCUGAAGCAGAGUGAACACCCCAUGAUCGCUGAGUUUAAGAACCUGGAUCUGACUAAGAGGAAGAUGGUGCACGAGGGCCCCCUGUCCUGGAAGAUCAACAAAGACAAGACGAUUGAGUUGUACACCCUCCUGCUGGAGGACAUCCUGGUCCUGCUGCAGAAGCAGGACGAGCGUCUCGUCCUCAGGUGCCACAGCAAGAACCUGGCGGGCACGGCCGACACCCGGCACAUCUUCAGCCCCAUCAUCAAGCUCAACACUGUGCUGGUGCGCUCCGUCGCCACAGAUAACAAGUCGUUCUUUGUGCUCUCCAUGUCGGACAACGGAGCGCAGAUCUACGAGCUGAUGGCGCAGACCGUGUCCGAGCAGAGAACGUGGCAGUGUCAGAUCACUCAAAGGGCAGACUCCAUCAAGUCCAAAGAACACAACGACAUACUUUUACCUCAGCCAGAUGGGGAGAGAGAGGCCUUAGACAUGAUGAACAGCGCCGUGCCCAGGCUCAGCAAAGACCCCGACCGCAACUCGACCGCAAGUGUUCAGUCCCCAGAGAGAGACGGCAGCGCAUCAUCUCCCAGGCUGAAGCAGGCCCCUCCCCCUGGGCCCAAUCCCUUUGAGGAAGAGCCAGAGGAGGAGGAGCCGGCGUUCCUGGACUCGGACCUGACGGACAGGCUGCCCUUCCUCAAACGGGGGUCACGUCAGGGCCUUGCCAUCGGUGACGAUGAAUCCAACCUCUUCAGCGUCCCGCCCUCCAGGGCUGAAGAAGCUUUAAAAACCUUGGCGGCGCUGAAGCAGGUGCUCUUAGCGCAGGAGGACUGGUUGAGGGGGGAGAGGCCCGCGGGGGCUCGUCUCCAGAGGACCACGUCUCUGCGGACCAGCGCCGUCCCCGUGUCCCACGCCGCCGCCGCCGCCGCGCUCAGCUCCCCAGAGAACGGCCGAGACGAGCGGCUCCAGGACCGCUCCGCUGGGGACACCGGCUACUUCGAGGCCUCCGAUGACUACACAGGUUACGUGGUGCUGGAGGGCUUGGGGGAGAGCAGCACGGAGGAGGAGGUCAGCGGGAAGGAGCGGGGCGCAGCGGGGGAUUCUGGGAUCGACAUGAAGAAGCUGCUGUCCUCGGCAGCGCAGCCAGGGGGCGCCCCCAGCUUCACCCGGCAGGUCCUGACGCACCUUCGCCUUCUGCAGGUUAACCUGCAGCACCUAAAGGAAGUGGAGACCAAGUAUAAUGAACUUUACCAAAGGCAGGCCAGGCAGACUGCUGAAACGGAGGAUAACAGAGGCAAGAGUUAGCAGGACGGAGCUGCCAGCCACUACGUCUGACCAAGAGGGAAGGUGGGGGAUGGGGCCCUGGCUCCUCCCCUACUGCAACUCGGCGGCUGAUUGGCGGAGCCGACUCGGUGCCCCUCCUCCCCGUCGGCUCGAGCCAAUCGGGGAAGACCGGCUGCCCCAAACCCGGCCCCUCGGCUUCCUCUGCCCUUCCUCGCUGCCUGAGCGAGAAGCAGACUGUACCAAAAUGUAUAAAACUGUGUGUUUAGGAUAUAUAUGAAGCACAAAGCCAGAAGAAAAAGAUAUUUUAAUGUAUUUAGCUAUGUUUUUUUUUUUUACCCCAAGAUGUAUUUAUUAGAUUUUUUCCUGUGGUUCUUGUAAGUAUUCCCCCACGUCACUUGCAUGCUUCUACCUGUGGAUCCCUCAGGCCACCUUCUACUGGGUGGAUCACCCACAGCGCCCUCUGCAGCUUGGAGGAGUGUAUGCAGAAACGUGGAGCACAGCCGCACUAGAGUGGUUACCCCUACAUGCACACACACGUUCUGAGUAACACAUGAAGAAAGGACAUCUUAAGCAGAACCUUUUGUCACUGAAUUGCAAUGAAGAAAACCAAGAUCCAUUGCCAAGCUGUUCAGGCUUUUAUAUUCAAGGUAAAUUGGAAAUUUAGUACCAUAACCAUCCUUCAGGUCUUGUGGUCUUGUAAAUUGUGUAUGCUAGGUCAUAUUUUUCGCCCUGAGCAGGCUUUGGCUUCUGAACACUUACUGCAGUUUAAAAGCACCGGACCUCCACUGCCUGUGUACAAGAUGAGUCUGUUGCUCUCAAUGUAAUGGAUACAGAAAUAUUCUUAUCCUUUCCUUCACCGAUCUUGGCCUCUGUUUGCUUUAACAUAUCAGACUGAAGUGGCAGACCAAGUCCCAGUAAAAUGCAUUGAAGUGUACUAGUCCAAAGAAAUGAAUGCAUUACUGACAACCCAUGUGUCUGUGCAUUGUGGCUUCUGAACACCAUUAGCAGGUUAACCUUGUUCUAGAGUUUCAGCGGUUCCACACAUUCUGAAUGGAAGCCCGUGGCUGGUGCCUGUUUGCGCUGGAGUCUCAUUGCACAGCGUUUUCAUCAUGUUUCGCUGGUGCCACGGGGCCAUUUCUCCCGCUCCAAUGGGCUUUCAUUAUUCUAUUAGCCCGACAUUAGUGGUACUUUUGUGGGCGUGAAGUUUCAGAUUGUGGCCCCGCGUUGGUGCUGUAACCAAGACUGAGCUGCCUGUUUACACCAUUCAUUUAAAAUUAACCAGUAUUUAUGUAGACUCUCUUUAUGAGUGCGUUUUGAUUGGGGUGUGCUAUUCCUGGUUACUGUGUAGUCCUCUAAGGAUCUGUUCACACUCACUGCUGCAGGGUUGGGGGUGGGACUCCAUUAGGAAACGGAGUUCCAGUUUUGGAACAGGGAAAAGAAGCAAGGUAGAUGUCAAUUGAAAUCUCCAGACUUGAAAUCAAGCCCAUUGGAAGACAUUUUGUCAACACUGAAUACUAAAAAUGUUAAGUUAAAGACAGGAUAAAAUGCCGAUGCUUUUGGGGGGGAAGGAAUCUUAGGGGAUUUAUGCUUGCACAAAUUGUACAAUUAUGGCCAACAUUGCAUCUCUUAAACGAUAAAAUACUUUUUUGGUUAUUUUGUAUUGUUUUUCUUUCAUAACUAUCAAACGAUCAUGAUUUUAACAGAAAUCACUGAGGAAACUGAAUAAAAGUUGAUAAAAUAUGUA